GUUGCUAGACAUAGACAGACCGGCCAAACAAUCAUACUUGCUCAAAUGGGAAAGAGAGUUGAACUGCGAACUCGAGCAUGAGAAGUGGAUAGGGGCCAUGACAUUGGUUAAACGGGCGACAAGGUGCUUAGACCAUGUAGAAGCAGCCUACAAGAUGUGGAUGCAGUGGUACUACACGCCACACAGGCUGGCCCAAAUAUACCCAGGGGUGCAGGAUAGAUGCUGGUGCUGCAGCCAACAAGUGGGAAAUACGAGCCACAUAUUCUGGUACUGCCCGGAACUUAGCCAAUACUGGCAACAAAUCCAAGACAUAAUUAAAUCCAAACUAGGAAAACAAUUACCACUCAAACCUGAACACUAUCUGCUCCACAUGCUACCCCGAGACCUUACAGCCUACGAAGCAGCGCUGAUUACCCACAUCACUUUAGCAGCUAAAACGUGCAUAGCCGCCCUGUGGAAAACUACGACAGUACCUGACAUAAAAGCAGUACUCGCCAAAGUAAGCCUCACCCAACAGUACGAGCAGAUGGCACAUACAAUAGGUGGCACACUAGAACACUAG